UGGAGUUUUGUCUGUGAUUGCUGCCUUCGAUAGAGAGGAAAUGAACAGCAGCAUGAUCUCUAUCAGCAUCAAGGCAGCCCAAACAGACGACAGUAUGAAGACAACUGAGACAGUAGUGUCUGUCACUGUAGAGGAUGUUAAUGAUAAUGCUCCAGGGUUUGAUGAACCCAGCUACUCUGUGACACUUGUGGAAAACUCGCCUGUUGAUGCUGUUCUGUUCAAAGCUCCUGUCACUGAUCUCGACCAGGGAGGGUUUGUGGGAACCAUGAGGAUCAUCCCAGAGUCUGCUCCUUUCUCUAUCAGCUCUGAUGGGACAGUCAGAGUGAAAAACUCUACAGCUCUCGACCGAGAGACCACUGAAACAAUCACAUUUCAGGUAGAAGCAAGAGAGCAACAUGAACCCAACAAUGUUGCAACAGCACAAGUUACUGUGACUCUUCUGGAUGAAAACGACAACAUUCCUAAAUUCACCAGCGGCGUGUAUGAGGGAAAAGUGUUUGCAAAUCAAACAGAGGGAUUGUUGCUGGUCCAGGUUAGGGCAGAAGAUCCAGAUGUCGAUGCAAAUGGGCAGAUUAAAUACUCUAUUGACUUUGGGAACAGUAAAGGAUACUUCACAAUCGAUGAAAACACCGGAGAAAUUACACUAGCUAAAACCAUUCCCCUGCAGGAAAACCAGAUUUUGGAGUUCCCUCUCUAUGUAACAGCAAAAGAUGGUGGCGUCAUACCUCGCUCCUCCUCAGCACAAGUGAAUAUUUUUGCUCCUGGUGAUUCAAAACCUCAGUUUUUACAAAAACUUUACCAUUUUACCAUAGAGGAGGAGCAGGAGCCAGGAGUUGCAGUUCUUAAGGUUCACUUCCUUGCAGUACCUCCAGCUAUUCCAGAGUUUUUAGUUACAACAGAAGGUGACAAAUUCGAAAUCUCCAACAGUGGUGAAUUCACCACCAAGGUUAAGCUUGACCAUGACGAAGGCCCUCAAAACUACUCAGUAGAAAUUACCAUCACUGACGGAACAACCAGUGACAGCGCCGUGGUUGAGGUCCAAGUCACUGACAUCAAUGACAACAGUCCAGUUUUUGCCUCCAGCUCAGUCACCAAAUCUGUUCUGGAGGAUGCAGAGGUAGGAUUCAAUGUUACUGCAGUUCCAGCUACAGACAAAGACAGUGGCUUCAACAAGGAGAUCAGAUAUUCACUGAGAGGAGGAGAAGGGAGCUUUUCUAUUGAUCCUGUGUCUGGGAUGGUCAGUUUGGCCGGCGCACUUGACAGGGAGACCAAGGCAGAAUACAGCCUGCUGGUGGUGGCUGAAGAUCAGGGUCGUCCAGCCAGGUCAGCCACAGCCACUCUGACGGUACAAGUAUCUGACAUCAACGAUAACGCACCAAAGUUCUCAGUGGCUGAGUAUCAGGUUGAAAUCUUAGAAACAGAGUCAGUGGGUGCAAGCUUGCUCACCUUAUCAGCUCUAGAUCCUGAUGAAAGUGUAAAUGGAAUAGUUACGUACAGCAUUUUCCAGCAAAGCCCUUCAUCAGACCCUGCUGUUUUUGAUUUGGAGUCAUCCACUGGGAUCCUGCGACUGGCCCAGCCUCUGGACUACAGUGAGGCAAAUAUGUAUACCCUAAAGGUUCAGGCCACUGAUGGGGGAACACCCUCUUUAAAUGGGAAUGGCUCAGUGGUGGUGAAGAUAAAGGACGUGAAUAAUAACCCACCUGAGUUCAGUAAGGAAAUCAAUCACAUACUCAUCUAUGAGAACCUGCCCGGUGGUGCAUCCAUCCUGGUGCUGGAAGUUACUGACAAGGAUGAGGGUGGCUUCUCCAAUGGCUACUUCCUUUACAACAAUGACACUUUUGAGAUCAAUAAGCAGGGAGUCGUCUCACUGAGAAGAGAUGUAGCCUUGGACAGAGAGACAAAAGACAGCUAUUUGUUACAGGUUGUCGCAGUGGAUCAGGUGACUGAUGGUCUGAGUUCCACGGCUCAGCUGAAUAUCACAAUCCUUGAUUACAAUGACAAUUCUCCACAAUUCCCAAGCAUUCCUGACCCACUGAUGAUCAUUGAAGGCGAUUACUCAGUGGAAAGCCCAGGAGAAAUUUUUACCAUCACACCCACAGACGCAGACCUUGGGCUAAAUGGAGAGGUCACCCUCUCCCUUAUCUCCCCCCACCCAGUCUUUAGAUUCAGAGAGGAUGGGACAUUGCUGGCUAUUGGUCCUUUGGAUCGGGAGAGCAGGGAAACAUAUGACCUGACUGUGACGGCUUUAGACAAAGGCAACCCUCCAAGAGAGAACUUCACCUCGAUCAGAGUGAGCCUAGCUGACCUGAACGACAACAACCCCGUUUUCAGUUCCAGCGACUACGUCAGCACCAUCCUGCUGAAAGACGCAGAGGAAGGAAAGCUUUUGCUCACGCUGUCUGCUACUGACAGAGACACCGGGAACAAUUCUCUCGUCACCUACAGUUUCUCUGGAGAAGGUUCUCCAUACUUGGACCUAAACACCCAGACUGGGAAUGUGACUUUGACCUCUAAAUUUGCUGAUUUAACAGAAGAUACCGCACUGGUGCUGACAGCUGUGGCCACAGACCACGGCCAGCCCCCUUUGAGCACCACGGCUCGUGUUGUGGUGAAUCUACACAUUUCCAGUCUGACUGAGACUGUGGCCUUCCUGAGCUCCUCCUAUAACUUCAGCCUGCCUGAGAACCAGGAAGCAGGGGUUUUGGUAGGCAAGGUCACUGCCUCCUCAGGAAGCAACCUUUACAAUGUCACGUAUUCGCUGAAUACACACAAAGACCUGUUCUCCAUAAACCUCAGUGGAGCUAUCUUCACCAAAGCACAGCUCGACAAAGAACAGCAGGAAUGGUACUUCUUGGAAGUGGAGGUUGUGGACACACGGAAUCCACCUACAUCAGCAAUGACGACGGUUAGAGUUCAGGUGAAGGAUGUGAACGAGUCACCACAGUUUCCCCCAGAGGUUUAUAGUGCCUCUGUAUUCAGCAUCGCCCCCUAUAAAACUCCCGUCAUCCAAGUGAAGGCUUCAGAUCCUGAUGUUGGAGAUGUGGGGCAGCUGGUCUACAGUUUGACAGCAGAAAGUCCUUAUUUUGACAUUAACCCAUCCUCAGGUCUGGUCUAUGUGAUCUCAGCAACAGAACUGGCUGGACAGACAGCUAAAAUGGAGGUGAAGGCCACUGAUCCCCACGAUCUUCAUGCUACCGCUGUAGUGGAGGUGAUGGUUCAGGCAAGUGCAAGCAGCUCCAACGUUGUGACCAUCUCACUUAAUCAGCCUGCUAACAUUGUGGAGAAGAAAGUUGAAGAUUUAUCGACGUCUUUGGGCAAAGUUCUGGGCUGGACUGUGAACAUCGUUCAGGUGUUCAGCGCUAACGAUGGAUCCACUGGCACCCGAAACCUGAGAGUUUCUGUGAGGACUUUGGUCCGUUUCUUUGCUGUAGAUGGAGGGGAGGUUGUUUCCUCUGAAGCAGUCAUAAAGAAACUGCAGAGCCAAUCAAAUGCUGUGAAUGCAGAGCUGUCUCAGUUGUUUGGGGAGGAGCUUCAUUUUGAUGUUGAGAUGGUGGACCCUCAAGGGUCCACCUCCAAUCAGGCGCUGGUCAUUGCUCUGGGCGUCCUGUUUGGGCUGAGCACCCUGGGAUUGAUUCUUGCUGUUGCGUUUCUCAUCAGGUUCCAUAGGAAGGGGAAACAUCAGAAGAGUUCAGACAAAGAACAUCUUACCAAGAACAAACAGUCUGAGAGUUCCAUAAAUAGUUCUCGAAAACCUUCACACACCUCUGAACAGGUUCCAGGGAAAGGGGACACAUCAGAUUCCAGACCUUCAAGUCCGUCGUCUGAGUCUAUGACCAGCAGCCACCAUUUCUGAGCUGAAAGUGUUUCUACAUGACAUAAGAAUCAACACCAUAAACCAGGGGUGUCAAACUCAAAUACACAGUGGGCCAAAAUUCAAAACUGGAACAAAGUCAAUA